GUUGCCGAACUAGUCGUGCUGUGCGUUCAUCAAGGAAAGUGAUUGCAAGCCGGAAAGCGAGAUGGCAGCAGGCAUAUGGUGUAAGAUAUGGGUUUUGGUUGCGGUUGUGAGCUGGUUCGGGGCGAAGGAAAUCGAAGGAGAAAAGAUGAAACUUGUCUAUCAGUGGUCACAACUGGGCGGUUCAAGUAGUGUCUCGGGAGGAGCCGCAGGGAUCAUGUUUGACACCGCGAAUGCUGCGAACAACCGUGGAGAGCAAUUCAACGCGUACGGUAACUUACCGAUGGCUGUGACGCACCACAAGGGAUUUCUGUACGUAACGAUACCACGCCGUCGUCCUGGUAUACCGGCGACAUUGAAUGUCAUCGAUAUGGCGCGGAAUCCAUCAGUGAACAAUCCUGUGUUGGAAGCAUAUCCUGAUCUGCUCUCCAAUACGAUGCACUUGGACUAUUCGGCCGAUCCCAAACGGAUCAUUUCGGUGUAUCGCACGCAAGUCGAUCGGUGCGAUAGACUUUGGUUCGUGGACACUGGCUAUCUGGAGUAUCCUGGCACUGCCCGCCGUGAAGUGCAAAGACCGGCGCUCUGGAUUAUCGAUCUUAGUAGUCUUCGAAAGGUGCAACGAUUUGAUAUUCCAAAAGAAAUGGUCGAGUUCGGUUACGGCAUUCCCAAUGUCGAAGUCGAUGUGGAUCCUAACGACUGCCAGCGAGCGUAUGCCUACAUUCCGGACUACGAAUGGCAGCGGUUGUACGUGUACGGGCUAGGCGAGCAGCGGAUGUGGCAAUUUCAGCAUAACUAUUUCUCGUUCGAACCACGUUACGGCGACUUCAAUAUCGCCGGUCAACGGUUCAUCUGGCGUGACGGUAUCUUUUCGGUGGCCGUCGGACCGCCGGUCAGUGUGGGUUCUAGCGAGAAAACGGUCUAUCUUCAUGCGAUGGCUUCGGUGAGCGAGAUUGCGGUAUCAAACCGGGUGUUGCAAAAUGAAACGCUUGCGUUGCGUGGCAACGACGCUUACGCAAGCGCCUUCCGCCAUCUAGGAUCGCGGGGUCCAAAUACUCAGUGCACGAGCCACGCGUAUGAUGCACGAACUGGCGUUUUGUUCUAUGCUGAAGUGAAUCGCAAUUCCAUUGGAUGUUGGAAUACGGCGCGCGAGUUUUCGCCCGAUAACCACGGCAUCGUUCAUUUGGAUAACGAAGAAAUGAUCUAUCCGGCCGACUUAAAGAUCGACGUGAAUGGCGAAAUUUGGGUCAUCUCCAACCGACUGCCUAUCUGGAUCUACUCGCAGCUCAAUGUCACUGACGUCAACUAUCGCAUCUGGCGCCAAACGGCCUCACGAGCCAUCGCCGGCACGACCUGCAGCAGUUAAAGCGUACACAAUCACGUGUAGUA